AAAGCAGGGCACAUUUCGUUCCAUUUGUUCCACGGAGAUCUUGACAUCUAUGAGUCAAAUGAUCGAUUGAACUAUUCUACAUCAACAGAUGUCACCAAUUUUUGCAUCUUAGCUCUCAUAUCUGCAUGAUCCUGCCUAAACAAUGGCUAUGGGGGCAAGCUGGAUGCAAAGAAACAUUGGUGAUUUGGGUUCCAACGCAAAAUUAAAGGAACAUCAUUUUUCAUUACUAUUUAAGUGUGAUGGAUUUCAUAAGGCAUCAUUAAGAAGAAUCAACUGGCCAUUGCAAAUAAGUAAGAACAAAAUGUCUACAUUUUGUUCUUCACUUUGUGAUCCAAUCACAUCGACCUUGCAGAAGAAGAACAAUGAACCCUUGAGUAUGGCAAAUGAAUCAACUCUGAUCAUAAUUCGACAUGGUGAAUCAAUGUGGAAUGAAAAGAAUCUGUUUACUGGAUGUGUUGAUGUGCCCUUAACAAGAAAAGGAGUAGAAGAAGCAAUAGAAGCUGGAAAGAGAAUCAGUACAAUGCCAUUUGACAUUGUGUACACGUCAGCAUUGGUUCGUUCUCAAAUGACAGCAAUGCUUGCCCUAACCCAACACUGCUGCCAAAAGGUUCCAAUAAUUAUUCGUAAUGAGAAUGAAGAGGCCAAAAUUUGGAGUCAAAUCUACAGUCAAGACACCAAGAAUCAGUCGAUUCCAGUUGUUAAAGCUUGGCAGUUGAAUGAACGAAUGUAUGGGGACCUUCAAGGUCUGAACAAGCAAGAAACUGCUGAAAUAUUUGGUAAAGAGCAAGUUUACAAAUGGCGUAGAACAUAUGAAGUUAGGCCUCCUAAUGGUGAAAGCUUGGAAAUGUGCUUACAAAGAGCUGUUGCCUUUUUUAAAGACAAUAUAGAACCACAACUUAUGGCUGGAAAGCAUGUGAUGGUUGUAGCCCAUGCAAAUUCCCUGAGGUCCAUUAUCAUGUAUCUUGACAAUUUAACCCCUCAAGAGGUUAUCAACUUAGAACUAUCUACUGGGGUACCAAUGUUGUACAUAUAUAAAGAUGGAAAAUUCAUCAGGAGGGGAAGUCCUGCAGGACCUAAUGAGGCUGGUGUUUAUGCUUAUACUUCGAAUUUGGCUGUUUAUAAGGAGAAAUAUGAUGAGAUGCUGCAAGUAACCCCUAAAAGAAGGUAGUUUUUCAUUUAUAAUUAUUUAAGAUUUUAUAAACACUAUCAUGGAGUAGGCGUAAAUGUUACAUGUGCUCCAAAAUCACGUCUAUUCGGUCCUUCUAUGUUAUGUAUUGGAACAAUAUAAAUAUGAUAUUGUACUAUAAAAUAUUAUUU